AGAAAUGAUAAGUGUCAAACAUUAAACUAGGCCCUAUCAAAGGACACAGGCGAAUAGUUCUCAGCAAAUAUGGCGUUCAUCCAGUUUGAUACUUCUAUUUUACUUUCAGCAGCUGUCAGCAUUUUCUCGAUGGAAUGACAAUAACAAAAAUAGACAAGAGGAUGGCCGUUUUUUUUAGAGAUUGAAAUGAUAGAUGAAAUGCACUCCUCAUCGUUGUGGCACUGCGAAUUAUUUUACUUAGAAAAACCGAUGCAGAAAAUUCAUAAGCGCAGUUUUUAAUUCGGGUUAAAGAAUAAAUCUGUCAAGGACAAUUUGUUGCCCAGAAAAACACUAAAAUAGAAAAGGAGAUUAGUUGCAGAAAAUAGUAACGGAAGCAGGUGGAGCCACUUCUAUACUUUACGAACCCGAAUAUCUGAUGGUACCGUAGAAAAAUAGAAUCGAAUUCAGCACCAUCCAGAUUACUUCAUUCUGUACUCUGUCCCCCUAAGUGUGUUAGAUUUAUCCUUUUAGUUGUUACUUCUUCGAUAAGAAAUAUUCUCGACAUGGCACCAAGAACCUGGAGAAGACCGUACACGGCAAUUUACGACGAUAAUUACAAAUUCGGAAAUAGUUUGUACUCGGGGACUCUCGAUAGUAUCGAGAAGAAAUACCACGAAACUUUGAGACAAACCCAUGUCCGUUCGGAUCGACCAGAUCUCGCCAUGACCAGUUUUGCUGGAUCGAUCGUGACAUCGGGACCAUUGCCUACGACCUCCGAUCCCGUUGUUCCACGAUUAAGAGGAGGAGGAUCGCCAUCCAGUCCAAGAUCAAGAGUAAGACCCGAAAUGCCCUCAUCAUUAACCGAAAGCGAUUUCCUUGGUCCAAGAAUCAGACCAUUAGAUUUCGAAAUAACACUGCCCACUACUAGAUCUGCGCUGGCCGAUGAUGAAUUCUUUGCAGAAAUUGAAGAUAGAAAGGCACGCAGGAAGAGGAAGAAAAGGAUCGAAAGAUCAGAUAUGAUGGAUCAAUUUGCAGAAGAAAUAACGCAAUCUCAAGAUUCUUCAUCAUAUUGGGCAGAUAAAUGCCGCGACUUGCAGCACGAACUGGAGCAAGUAUCUCAAUCUUUGGUCGAAGCUGAGAGUCGUAUUAAAAGUGAAGUUAUUGGAACCAAGGGGAAGAUCCAGAACGAAUUGACUGAGUUAGCUAUGGCUUUAGAUGCCAGCAACCAGCAAAAUUUAGAGCUGCAGAAAGUGAUCAAGAAACAAGCGAAGCAAGUCAUCGAGCUCCAGUCCAAUUACGAAGACGUACAACGUCACCUCCAGGGGACGAUGGAGCAAUUGGAGUCCUCUCAGCGUCGGUGCCAGAUUUUAAAAUCCGAAAUUGAUAAUCUCCGGUCGUGUGUGGAACAGCCAAUAAGAAGCAAACGAUUGUGAAUGUGAUUUAUUUUGAAGAUUUAUAACCACAUCUAUACAGUCCGUCGCUCUUAAAGCCUUUCCAGAAGAUGUCUGAGGAGAUCAACCGUACCUGAGAUUAUCCAAAACUUUAGUUUUUUUUUUCCGUUUUAAAACAAUAAUAGACCUAAAAGAGUGCAUUAGUUGAAUAAAAAAAAAAUACGGAGAUUGUGCUUUACCUUUUGGUAUGUUUGUUAAAUGUAGAGACUCUGGCAUCUGAAUAAAAGAUCAUCAGAUGUUCA